AUGGCUUCAGGAAUUCAACAGGUCUCUUAUCAUUUAAAUCGCAAUGAUUAUCACUCUCGCAUAUUCAAUCACGCACAACGACGAUCUAUAGGCACGAGCCUUCCUCCUGGAUUUCCCAAGAGGCUGGAAUCCAAGAUGGCUUGGGAAGCAAAGGAUAUUUCCCUGGACCACGCUCUCGGUGGUGGGACUCCAUACUUGUUGAUUCUGCAGGGCCCGCAGUUGGCCGAGAUUGAUGCAGCGCUGAAACACUUUCAAUGUUUGGCUCAGCCAAUGGAAGCUCUUAAUCCGUCAACCUUUCCUCUGCCGGGUUUGUCUUUGAUUCUCCGGUCUGUAUCGAGCAAUCUACAUUCGGGCUAUGGCUUUACUCUCAUUCGUGGAGUCCCAGUGGAACGCUAUACCCGCGAAGAGAACAUGAUCAUUUAUGUCGGAAUCUCAUCCCACAUCGGCGCCAUGCGAGGCCGCCAAGACCAUCAAUUUAAGGGCCAACCAGCGGAUGUCAUGCUGGCCCAUAUCACCGACAUGCGACGUCCAGACGGUGAGCAAAAUUACGCCCUGGCAGCGUAUACCGACAGCGAAGUGGUAUUCCACACCGAUGUAGGGGAUAUAGUGUCCCUCUUUGUGCUUAGCGAGCCAGCAAAUGGCGGUGAAAGUCUGCUUGCGAGUGGAUGGACAGUGUACAAUGCACUGGCUGAGAACCGCCCGGAUCUAGUCCGCGUUUUGGCAGAAGACUGGCCGAUCCCAAGUGCACAGGAACCUGGUCUCAUUAAGUAUAGACCGCUACUAUUUUAUCAGCCUGCCAGCGGUUCAACUCCCGAACGUGUGAUUUUGCAAUUCUCGCGGCGCUCAUUCUCUGGGUUUGGAGCCCACUCCCAGCUGAACAGGCUCUCUCCUGCCCAGGUGGAGGCGCUGGAUGCUCUCCACUUUUUGGCAGAGAAGUUCCAUGUGGCAAUGGACCUGAAAAGGGGCGAUAUGCAAUUCAUCAAUAACCUUAGUAUGAUCCAUGCUCGAAAUAGCUAUGUAGAUGGUCCAGGAAGUCGACGCCACCUGCUGCGCCUAUGGCUUCGUGAUUCCGAAAACGGGUGGGCCACGCCUGAUGCGCUGCGCAGUCGUGCAGAUCGGCUUUAUGACGAAAAAUUCCGACGCGGACCGCAGAUUUUUCCCGUGGAUGCGAUCCCUAGAUCGGUGGGGAAGGUCAGGGUUGGAACCACCCAAAACUCGUAA